UUCAUAGAUAAAUAAAAAGAAAUUUUUUUUGUUACUUUCUCUGCAUCUUGUUGAACUUCACUCGUAGUUCUCCCCCAGCUGUAAGCUAACAACUGAAAAUAAAGGCAGAAAAUUACCGGGAAAUGAGUCAUAAAAUAAUGCACAGGAAGUGUGACCUUGCAGAAACAAGAAAAACUGAACUUUCCUUUUCCUCCCCAGCUUGUUUUCCUUUCAGAUUCCACUAUUUUCCAUCCUGUAUGCCCGUUUUUCCACAAAGGAGGUUCUUCUUCUGAUUCCUAUAAACCCUUUUGGGAUUUUCUUAUGGUUUUCCAACACUUUCAAGAGUUUAAUUAGAAAAACUGGAAGAAAUAAAAUAACUGUUUUGGAGGCAGUCUUUCAUCUGUCCUGACCACAUGAAGUCGUGUGAGGGGGAGAGGGGAUGGCGCAUCCACGGAGCGUUAACACUGUGCGCAUGACAGGUCAGAAAGUGCACACACACAAAGGGCUCCAUUCACACUAUAAUGACAUUAUUUUUAAAAUACUAAAUGGUGCAGAAGGGGGUUCAUACUGCAAUGCAGAUCACGUGAACUUUUGUCUUUCAACUAAAAAAAAAAAAGAAAAAGUCUUGGACCUCCUCACUCUUGUUUUCCUUCCUCAGCCUGUCUGUACCCACGCACGACUGCAGCCGUCGACCCACUUUUUUUAGGGGGGUGGGUGGGUGCCGAUCCGUCGCCUCCAAUGCGUCAUUUGCGCUAAUAGAAACUGUUUACUCCCGAGAAGUUCGCAAACUUUAUACGGCAGCGGUGCAGCAAAACAACCGAGGGAUCAUGUAGAAAUGGAUUGGAUCAAACUGUUUGGCGCCGUCAUCGCAGUCUGGUUCCACCCUGGAUCCGCUUCGAAGUUCCACGGGGAGAGAAUCUGUCGGCUUGGGACAGAGCGCCCAUGCUACAAGGCCUUCUACAUCCAGGACAGCAGGAGGAGGCUGACCUUUGAGGAUGCGGCGCAGGCCUGCAGGAUGGACGGAGGGGAGCUGCUCAGCAUCGAGACUGAGAGCGAACAGCGGCUGAUGGAGACGUUCAUAACGCAGUUACAUGUUGGAAAUGGGGAUUUCUGGAUCGGGCUCCAUCGCAGUCCCCAGCAUCCAAGGAGAGGCAACACUACCCCCACUUGCCCCUCACAGUAUUAUUGGCUGGAUGGAAGCAAGACAAAAUACAGGAACUGGCACUGGGAUGAGCCUUCAUGUGGCAAAGAAAGGUGUGUGGUUCUGUAUCACCAGCCCUCUGAACCAAUUGGUGAGGACGGACGUUUCGCUUUCCAGUGGAUUGAUGACAACUGCAGCUCAAAGAACAACUUCAUCUGCAAAUACCAGGAAGAAAAACUGCUGGUAUUUACGGGUAAGAGAACGCCACCCAAGAGGACAAAUGUAGUGUCAACGACAGAAGAAGAUGAAAACAUGAGGAUAGUGCAUGGAUCGUCAGUAUCUUUUUCAGACAACAGUCUUAAUGUUUCCUACAUCCUCUGUGCAACCAUCCCUGCUCUCCUGCUGCUGCUGUUUGCAGUCGCUGGGUUCCUCUGCUACAAACAACAUGAGAAAAGGAGGAAGACAGAGACAAAAAGCUUUUCUGGCAGAUCAAAGCAAGGGACGACAACAAUAGCUUCACCUUGCCCCGUUCAAGGACCUUAUGCCUUCAGUGACAUUACUAGACUUCCCAACACCGUCCUGGACGGCAGGAUGCCAGUGAAAAGGAUGGAGUAUUCUUUUUCUUCUUCACUUAAUUCCUUCUGUGAUGAUUAUGAGAAUGUAACAAGUAUGAACAGAGAAAGCGGCUUUGUGUCCAAUGACAUCUAUGAGAGCUGCAAGUCUCAAAGCCAGCAGUGCCAUAGCCAGACUGGAUGGGUGGAAAAUGAGAUCUAUGGAUGAUUCCGCCUUUACUCAUCUGAUGAUGUGAUUCAAUGCAUUCCUGGAAAGGAACAUUUUGCACGCCGGAUGAAGAACUCCAAACUGUUCCCGCCCCUGUUCUUGUUGCACAUCCAGCUGGACACCCGGAGGUGAAGGAAUAACACAUGUGGUCAUCAGGACUUAAAUAGACUGUGGUUUACCAAGCAGAAACAUCCUAACCAACUGUCUGUCACAUCUUUGUCUGAUGUGACCCAACAUUUAAAUCUUAUUAAUAAAGAAUCGUAUUAAUCCAAAUAAAGCCUGUACUUGUGUUAAUUUUACCUACAACUCUACAAAUGUAAAGAUACUACAAUGUGGAAAUAUGUGUGAAUAAGUUAAAGUUAAAAGCAUGUUUCAAAUACUCCUACCGAAUAAUGUGAUUUGGUGUUUUGUAAUACAAUUCCUGUUCUAAUCAAGACAAGUGUUUUUUUUUUACUCCAGGGUUUAUGAUCUGUGAAUAAAGCUUUGUGCUAAAAACUA